GGAACGUCUGGUCACGGAGCCAAACCCGGCUCCAAGAGUCUGUUCACGGCUUCAAGACGCUGCUUUGGGGCUGCCCGGAGCACCAUCCAAGACCACUACGAGUGAUAAUAUACAAGCUCCCCACUGGAGCGCGGAACAUGCCGUUUCCAGCGCGAAGCUGGCAAGAACUAUGAUAGCCUAUCACAUUGCGACAGCAGGGGAGUCUGCGGAAACCCACCAUCAACCAGGAAGGUAUCAUACCCCUAUUCCUUUCCUCGCUGCAUACAGACCGAGGUGUCAUACCACGGUGCUGGUGUCAUGCAUGGUAAUCAAGGGCCAAGUACGGUACAGUACGACACUCCCAAAGAGUAGGAUCUCUCUGGAAAAAGGCUGGGUUGAUGAGGGUCAUGGGCGGCUGGAGUGUGUAUUCGUUGAUGGGUCGUGGAUUUAUUUUUCUUUUCUGAAGGAACAAGAAAAUGGACUCGUGGGUAACUUGAGAGGCACCCAGAUCCGUACGUAGCAACUCCCCCUUAUAUCCUCUUCUUUUCUUUGAGAGUAAGGCGGGUGAACAUAGUACUGAAAUAGAUGCUCCACCAGGUGGACCGUCAG